UUGUAGAAACUGGCUGGAGAAAGAAAGCAAAUCCGCAUCAGACGGGUCCUACUGAAAGAAUUGGAAAUAAAAUGCAAAGACACUCAACUGCAUCGAGAUUAAGGAUUUGGCUUCAGUCUCACGUAGUGGAGCAGCCGUGGGUUGUGGAGUCAGAGAAACCUAGGUCAGGUAGCAGCGCGGCCUCUCAUUGCGGGUCGUGGCCCCUGGCAAGAGCAUGUCAUCUAUCCUGCCGUUCACUCCGCCUGUUGUGAAGAGGCUGCUGGGAUGGAAGAAAUCAGCCGGUGGGUCCGGAGGAGCAGGCGGCGGAGAGCAGAACGGACAAGAAGAAAAGUGGUGUGAGAAAGCGGUUAAAAGUUUGGUGAAGAAGCUAAAGAAAACAGGACGAUUAGAUGAGCUUGAGAAAGCCAUCACCACUCAAAAUUGUAAUACUAAAUGUGUCACCAUACCAAGCACUUGCUCUGAAAUUUGGGGACUGAGUACACCAAAUACGAUAGAUCAGUGGGAUACAACAGGCCUUUACAGCUUCUCUGAACAAACCAGGUCUCUGGAUGGCCGUCUGCAAGUGUCUCAUCGGAAAGGACUACCACACGUGAUAUAUUGCCGAUUGUGGCGCUGGCCUGACCUUCACAGUCACCAUGAACUCAAAGCAAUUGAAAACUGCGAAUAUGCUUUUAAUCUUAAAAAGGAUGAAGUAUGUGUAAACCCUUACCACUACCAGAGAGUUGAGACACCAGUUUUGCCUCCGGUAUUAGUGCCACGGCACACUGAGAUCCUAACAGAACUGCCUCCUCUGGAUGAUUAUACCCACUCCAUUCCAGAAAACACUAAUUUCCCAGCGGGAAUCGAGCCACAGAGUAAUUACAUUCCAGAAACGCCCCCUCCUGGAUAUAUCAGUGAGGAUGGAGAAACAAGUGAUCAACAGUUGAACCAAAGUAUGGAUACAGGAUCUCCAGCAGAACUAUCUCCUACUACUCUUUCCCCGGUUAAUCAUAGUUUGGAUUUGCAGCCAGUUACUUACUCAGAACCUGCAUUUUGGUGUUCAAUAGCAUAUUAUGAAUUAAACCAGAGGGUUGGCGAGACCUUCCACGCAUCACAGCCCUCACUCACUGUAGACGGUUUCACAGAUCCAUCCAACUCAGAGAGGUUCUGCCUAGGGUUGCUCUCCAACGUCAACCGAAAUGCGACUGUAGAAAUGACAAGAAGACAUAUAGGAAGAGGAGUACGCUUAUAUUACAUAGGUGGAGAGGUUUUUGCUGAGUGCCUAAGUGAUAGUGCAAUCUUUGUGCAGAGCCCCAACUGUAACCAGAGAUACGGCUGGCACCCUGCGACAGUGUGUAAAAUUCCACCAGGCUGUAAUCUGAAGAUCUUCAACAAUCAGGAAUUUGCUGCUCUCCUGGCUCAGUCUGUUAAUCAGGGUUUUGAAGCCGUGUAUCAGCUAACUAGAAUGUGCACCAUAAGAAUGAGUUUUGUGAAAGGAUGGGGAGCAGAAUACCGAAGGCAGACGGUAACGAGCACUCCUUGCUGGAUUGAACUUCAUCUGAAUGGACCUCUACAGUGGUUGGACAAAGUAUUAACUCAGAUGGGAUCCCCUUCAGUGCGUUGCUCAAGCAUGUCAUAAAGCUUCGUCACCACUCAGAUCCCAUCAAAAGACUUAAUGUAACAACUCUUCUGUCAUAGUAUUUGUGUGUGGUCCCCAUGGACUGGUUACUGUCCAAAAAUUCAAGAAAGAAAAACAGCACUUGAGGUCUCAUCAAUUGAAGCACCUUGUGGAAUCGGUUUCCUAUAUUCAAAUAUUAGAUGGGAAAAUUAGUGUCUAGAAAUACCCUCCCAUACAGGAGAAAAAGAAGAUUUUAAAGACUUAACUGAUGUCUUGGUGGGCAUAAAACUGAAUGUCCCAAAGGUCUAUUAAUAACAGUAGUAGUUAUGUGUACAGGUAACGUAUCAUGAUCCAGUAUCACAGUAUUGUGCUGUUUAUAUACAUUUUUAGUUUGCAUAAAUUAGGUGUGUGUGUGUGUGCUGCUUCUUGAUUUAGGCAAGCCUUUAUAAAGUUACAGUACCUAAUCUGUUAUUCCCACCUCUCCGUUAUUUUUGUGUGUCUUUUUUAAUAUAUAAUAUAUAUCAAGAUUUUCAAAUUAUCAUUUAGAAGCAGAGUUCCCUUGUAGAAAAACUAAUUUUUUUGCCUUUUACCAAAAAUAAACCCUUGGGGGAAGAAAAGUGGAUUAACUUUUGAAAUCCUUGACCUUAAUGUGUUCAAUGGGUCUUAUAAACAUUCAUCUUGUGUUAUUUACUGCUACAUCUCACUGUAUGGAAACUUUGCAGAAAAUCUUUCCAGACCUCUUCUCCUUCCACUUUUGCCCUGAUACCAAAACUGUGUAGCAUGAUAUCCAUCACUAGUAAUGGUGGCACUGAUACUGCCAGCACCAGUUAAUUCUGGGGCACAGUGCAAGUUCCUAUGGAGUAAGUCCCUUUGUCUUAACAACAGAUUUCAAUGGAUAGUAAUAGACUUGUGUAACCAAGCAGUCUGUUGAUUUAUCCUUACACCUCAUAAAAACACAAAUGGCAGUAUAAUUAUUUUCAGGGAUAUGCUACAAUUGCUUCAGUAUAUUUAUCCUUUUUUUAAAGCCAAUCUAUAGAUAUAAACACUCUUUUUUAAAAGCUAUUUUAAAAUAUUUCAAUAGCAGACCUAGUGCUCUCUGAGUUUCAUUUGAUUUAAUUACCAGAUUGUAUUAUGAAAUGGACCUUUUGUAAUUGUAAUUGUGUCUGCAAAAUACCUACAAGAGUGAUGCUGAGGUAUGAUCAGCAGAUAAGGGUCAUCUGUUUUUAAAGUAUGUUGUAUUAAAUUUAUAAAAAAUCUAUGUUAUUUUACCUAAUUAUGAAUUCAGAAUUUUAAAAAUUGGGGAGAAGCAGUUUAGCAAGUUUUUUAGCUUCUAAUUACCUACAGUCUGAGCUGUUCUUAACUAAUCCUGAAUGUGUGGUUGACUAUUAUAACCAAUGACAUUUUAUGCUCUGUGGUGAGAGAAGAUUCCAGAAGCUCUGUUGGUAGUCCAUUUGGUGGCAGACAAUCCUUGUUUGAUGUUGACUCUGCAGUUUAAAUGCUUCUUGUUUGCAUCUCUUUAGAAAUGGGGAUAGCCACUCCCAACCCCCUUCUAGUAAAUUUUCAGGUUUUUGGAGAUAGACACUUUUGGUACUUACUUUUUGAAACCAUGUUCAGCUGUCUCUACAGGUAUCAUUUUCAAUAUUCACAGCAUUUGAAUGUUUUCUACUAGAUACUGCCCCGUUUUCCUAUAUUUGUGAGUACAUGUUAGUGUUCAUGCAGACUUGGUAGUCAUUUUUAAUUCUUUCAGCAAAUAUUUACUGUUCACCUGUUAUGUGCACCAGGAACUUUCUUGACGUUGGGUAAAAGUGAACAAGACAGAUCCAGUCCCAGCCCUGGCCAAGACUUCAGUUACUGUUGUAACCCUUAGUUAGUUCAUUUGUCUAUGAGGGAGAUAAGCAGGUAGAGCUUAUGGUAGAGCACAGCAAGAAAGGCUUCUCUAAAGAAGCGAUGCUUGAGCGGACAUCUGAUGUGAGAAGGGAGCAAGCCACGGGGAGACCCCCAGGAGAUUGGUGUUCCUGGCAUGGAGAAAGGCACCAAAUGCCAAGGCUCAUUGUGAAAGAAACUCAUUAUUAGUUAUUAAUGCUUACCCCGAAGUCUCUACAGAGAUCCAAACUCGAGGACCAAAAGCAUUCUAUAAUUUCUAAUAGUUGAGGGUGGCCUUACUUUGUCGGUUCAUAUGUCCUAGGUAUGACUGUCAGACCAGCAGCCUCUGCCCUUUGGAAGGCUUGAACUUCUGUGAGAACUGGUGGUGAUGCUGGGAACGGUUGUGGGUGCAGAAAACAACUUUGAAAGUGGCAGAAGGGCCUGGCAGUCACUCACUCUUGGAUUGAGGUGGUAGGUGAAGCAGUGCCAACGACAGCAUUCCAGUAGUGAUUACAUCUCCAUAACUGUGUUGAGGUUCUUCCCUACAGUAUUGAACUGGGACUCAACUCUUUAGAAAUACCUGUUGUACUGAGCACUUAGACCUGUCGAGCAGUUGCCCUGGUGUUUAACGAUCUUACGUGUUUUUUUGGAGAUGCUAUUUCUUACAUUCUGUCCUGUCUACUGUGGCCUACAUUUUGUUGAUUUUCCCCCCUCUUUAUUGGGGCUUUCAUUCUUCUAAAUGAUGAGUUCUCUUUGAUGUUGAAUUUUGCUUCUAUUUAAAUUAGCAACAUUAUUUAGAAUUCCCCUCCCACAGUGGUCACUUUCUUUGUUUCACAUGAGAACUGAUAAACAUGUUUCAGUCCCAUUUCUAAACUGGAUGGUGGUCUGCACAGUCAAAUCUAUAGAUGCCGUGGGGAAUCGGGAGGCUGGUGGUGUUCCCAUGUUCCCAUUGACUUUGGUUUAACUAGUGGCAGCUUCGUUUUUACCCUGUAAUGGAGUUAUAUAGAGAUUUCUUUCUUCCUUUUUUUUUUUUUUUUAAGAGUUUUACUGCUUUUUUAGAAAAAAAAAAGUUUGAAAAGUCUGUGUAAGUACUGUUUAGGAUUAGAACAUAUGAGUGGACUUCGGCCCCCCCUUUGGAACAACCCUGCUUGUGUUCUUUCCUUCUAUUUCAGAGAAACUUCCUGAUUAUAUUUGAACUACACCAGUUAUACUAAUUACACAUUAUGUCAUCCAUUCACUCAGUAAACAUUUAUUGAUGUAUCCCUUUAUCCGGCCACGGUGGUAGGUGCUGAGUAAUGAAGAGAUGGCUAGGAUUUAGUCUGGCCCUCAAGCUGUGGGGUUAUUCCUCACUCAGGACCUGCCACUUUGCCAGAAGGAAUCUUCCCUAAUUUUUCUUGAAAGCUAAAUAUUCUUAUUCAGUACUCCUAGUCUGUAUUCCAAGUACAUAAUUGCGAAUUGUUUAAUAUCUAGGGUUUUUUUUUUUUAAUCUUAAACUGUAUCGGUUUUGCUUGAUUCAUCUGCCUUUACACUUGUCAUAUUUUCUCCUUUGUCAAAAUUAUUUUAAUUCCAGUUUAUUUGUGCCUUUUAGGUCGGUUUCAAUCAAGACCAAGACUUUGAAGGUGAAAAACAAUCAGUCUGGUCUCUCGCUAAUUGAAAUCAAGUAAAAGACUAUAUGUGCCCAGAUGGUUUCUCUACCUCUUCCAAAAGCUGUCCAAAUACACCUUUAAGAUCUUUUUGUGUUUUGUUGUUUCUCUUCUCUCUUCUCUCCUGUCUCCUGUCUCCUCUCUCCUCUCCUCUUCUCUUCUCCCUUUCUUUCUACACUUGGAGCAUUUAUUCAGUACUCACUACUCUCCUGGUCUGGUUGAUGGUGAGUUAUAAAGUAAGAGAAUGUUCACCUUAUUUAAAAUUUGUCUUUGUGUUCAUCUUUUGUAGCUGCACAUGAUGAUUUCAUAGACUGCCUCCUUCCACACCAUUGAUAACUAGAUAGUCUGUGGACAUAAGCAGCACAGGAUCUUUUCUCUUACUCUGAUCCAACUCAUCGAUGUUCAGACAUGACAAAUUAUUGCCCAGUUUCUUUGCUUCAUGAGCGUUUCUCUGCUAAAUUCUUAAUAUUUAUCAACUGAAUUGUAUUUUUCCUCUCCUCAUCACAGAAUGUAUCCCUUGUGGUCUUACUGGUUGCCCUCCUCCGUGCCAGCCAUGUUUUAUCUGCAGACAUCAGAAUGUUUUCUCUCCAUUGAACUCUACUAAAGAUGAAAAAGAUGGUGCUUUUCAUACCCAGGGUCCUAAUUUCUUCACCAUGAAGGUUGAUUUUGUUCCCAUUGGUCAGUCACCUAAAUCUUAAAAAUGGCUCUUCAGUUAAAUGUCUUUGUGACUAGCAAAUAGCAUGAAUUACAGAUUCUAUUUUAAAUUACGUUUAGGAUUAGGAACUUUUCCAGCAGUUGCAGCCAAUGGUUUCCUGUAAUACUAGCCCAUUUCCACCUUGGAGCAUAUUGGAUUGUUGUAUUUAGUACAGGCAAGAGUAACGAUGGUAGUGAGUGGUCUCUAGGUAGUCAGAAUCCUACUAAUGAGUUCCUUUUAUUUCUUCCUUUUCAAGUUUUCAUGAAUAUUCUAUCUGUUCAGACUACCUUUUAUGUAUGGAGAUUGAGGGGCAGAUCAUCUCUUGGAGUGGAAUUCCUGUGUUUGGAGCCUCAACCAGGAAAUGUCAGCUAUACUAGAUAUAGACAGCUUCAUAAUAACCUUUGUAAUAAGAACUUGUCUAAUGUGUUCAUAUAAUUUCUUGAGAAGAACCGUUUUAUCUUGGAUAUUAUAGGUAACUUUAUAUAUAGCAAAACUGCCUUAAAUCUUUUUAGUAGGAAAUAAAUUAUAUAAAGUGUGUGUAUGCAUUAUGUAUACCUACGCACUCCUAGAAAAACCUGAACACAGCGUAGGGGUCAUUUAUCUGCUUACGUUUUAACACCGUUGAAUGAUUCUGUUGUUUAAAAUCUCUAACCUCAGUAAAAGUUCCCUAAUUUGCUUGUGGACAUUUUCCUUUCAGAUCUUCAGAGUUAUUUAUUUAUUCUGCCAGAGUUGUGAUUUGGUGGUUCAGUUAGUAUGCCAUUUUUAAGGCAGCUUGAUAAUUAAGAAUGAUAACUGGAAUUCAUUAACAUCAAAAAGAGCUGCAGUAGACACUCAUUCAUUAAAUUAUUAUAUAUCCAGUGGUCUCUGAAAGGUACUAGUUGAGGGUUAACUUUUUUGUUAUUAGAUUGCCCCCCCCCCCCCCCCACUUUUCCCUCUUGCUUUAAGAUUGCUAAGCUGCUUAAGAUACUGUGGCAAGUAGCACCACUGAGUCAAGUUCUCCUGUAGUCAUGGGCAGCCUAAGGUGGCUGAGACCUAAUUUUUUUUUUUAGCUGUGCUCAACAGAAAUGGAUUUUCCCAAGUUCUUUGGGUCAUCUCCGGUUCAUAGAGGAUCUGUCCAGAGUGUGUUAGCCUUACUUAGUUAACUUCAGUGUUGAUUGGUUUGCUGCCAUGAGAUCCAUAACAGAUCCCAAAUUUCAGCCACUGGUUGCGAUGUAAGGGCCCUUGGAAGAAAAAUGCUGCUGCUGAUGGGAAUGAGGAUUCAUGAAUACCACACAAAGGACUUUUAGAUUUUUCUUCAAAACAAUUCCUGGAAGAUGAUGUUCUCUCCUACCCUCCAGAAAGAAGAAAAAAGCUCUUAGUCUUCUUUAGAAUUUUCACUUUGCUCUUUUGGGUGGGUGGGGGGCGAUUAGGGAUUUACUUCCUAUUUCUACUUAAAGAUGGUGGUUUAUUGAGCCAGGAAAUUCAUAAUAUGUUGAUAAAAUGAUGAAAGUGAAGUUUUAGAAUUCUAAAAAUACUUCAUUAUGUACUUCCCAUUUCACACUCCACUUUUCUUCUUUCUGUGGCUUUAAAGCUUUUGGCUAUUUUACACUUAGUCACUAGAUAACUUGCCAUAUUUCUGGUUCUAUAUUAAGUUCUACCCUUUACAAUGCCAUAGCAGAAAGUUGAUUCUCAGCAUCUGUCUGUAGGGAUAGAAAUCUUACUAAAGUCUCUUCUCCCAAAGAGAUUUUACCUUUUUCAAUAAGUCCCUUAAGAACUACAUUUGUCCAUCUUAUUUACAGUUUUGGAUUGUUCAAACAAAAAACAUACAUUAGUGAGAAAGGAUGGGGUGCUUUUCUGGUGAAUGUAUGUACCUGCUUUAAGAAUGUAGUCAUUUGUUGGUUUAUGUAACUAUACAUACAGAUUAAUUAAAAUUGGGGAAAAUAAUCACAUAUGUAGCAAGUAGGUAAACCUGCAUGGAUUUAGGGUUUUUUUUUUUUUUUUUUUUUUUUUAAAUCCUAUUUGUUGGCAAAAUGCAGAACCCAAAUUGGUCACUUUUUAGACCAACUUUACCUCAGGUUUCCUUUUUGCUUUUCUGACCCUGACCUUUAAGGCAUAAAUAUUUGUAUCUUUUUAUUAGUGAUAGUGAAGCUGUGACACUAACCAUUUUUAUACAAGAGGGCAAAACAAGGAAAACUAGAGUAAGAUGAAAGCAGUUCUUCAGUUGUUGAACUAGAUCCCAGCAUUGUAGGCAAAAUAAAAAUGUGCACAUCUGAGAAUACUCCUUGCCGUCUCUUCCCAAGGCCAUCUCUUCUGGCAGAAGGCUGUUAUAAGUAACAAUUCAGGGCCUUUGUAAUCUGAGGAGAAUAUCUCCAGUUGGCAAUCUUUUCAAUAGAUGAAGCAAGAAUGUGGGAAAUAGUUGGCAAUGAGUGUUUUCACCUAAAAAAAGAAAAUGAAAAGACAUAUAAAAUUGAAUUAUUCAUUUGGCUCUGAAAAUCUCAUAAAGAUUCAGUGAAAUACUAUAUAACUGGACAAAACCAGGAGAACCUUUAGAGCAUUUGUCUGAAAACAGGUUUCAAGAAUGAACUUUUAUAUACACCAAUCACUCAUUUGCUUAGGUACCACUGACUGUUCUUAGAAUUGACACCGUUAAAUAAGGUGUGUGUGGACUUCCCAGGAGCUAGCCAUUAGCAAGUGUCCUCAAAAAAUUUUUUGAGCUGAUGCCCUCGUAGGUAGCUUUACGCUCUUGAAAAUUUUUACCAUUUUCUUAGUGAUCCGAAGGGAAGAGUGAGUGCUGUGCUCAGGGUGACCGACGGCCCCAGGGUGCUUGGGUCUGGGCCAUUUCCUGGACGCAGGACUUUGACUUUCAGACCCGGGGAAGUCCUGGGCACAGCAGGAACGGUCACCCUAGGUGUUCUUGUGAUUGACCCUCACUCCCUUAAACGUUGUGAUGUUGCAGUUAACGUUCAGCUGUCUUAGGGCUGUCAACAUUGCUGAUACCUGGAUGUGUGUCCUCCAAUUAUUUACUGUGGGUGAAUUGUGAGAUUCACAACCAACAACUGCUAAGGCACCAGCAUGAUGGUGAGACUAACCCUUAGUAAUUCAGGGAAGGUAAGCGGGGGCUUAAUGAAACACAGAAGAGGCAAGAGAGUGAAGUUCCUCAGAACCUGUGUGUGUAUGUAAGUACAAAUCAUUUGUUGAUGGGGUUAAGUCUAAUAGGAAGUUGACCUUUUUCACAUCGCAGUAAGAGAAAACCAAGUGGGAUUGUGGAUUCCUUCUUGCUUGAGGGAGAAUCUGGCCUUUGAUGCUCUACCCUCCUCUACACUCCCCAGACUGUCCUGCUCAGGAAGCUGAACGCAGUGUCCAUUCUCAGUGAUUGUUGUAUUGAGAUUACUGCAUGUAUCAGCCAACGGCAGGUGAAGGAAUUGGAUGUCCUGAUCCAGACUGAGCAGUGGCCUCAGUACCCGUAGCCCCCUGCCCUUCAGGUGCUUACCAACCAGAACAGCAACCCCAGGAGCUGAGAUUUUUCUAGUAUAGCAUUAAUUUUGUAAUGCAAUAUGCUGGAUGCAGAGUCUGUUGUUGUUUGCCUGUGGUCCUCAGAGACUGCAUCCUCCGUGCACUGUGAUGUAGAUGGUAGAUGUGUUCUUUGUAAGCUUUAAUCCUAUGGUUGUCAAGAGUACCAUGUGGUUCCACUGUUUUGUUUUGUUUUUUUAAACGAUGAGCUGAGGCUUUAUUGCAGCUGGUUUUCAAGUUAAAAUUGUGAAAUACUGGUUUCCUUCCCCACCUCCCUCCCCGCCCACACCAAAUAUUUUAGUCUAUUUAAAGUACAAAAAAAAAAAAUAGUUCUACUUAAGAAAACAUUGCUUAAAUGUCCUGUGAUUUCUGGUCAAUUUUUAUAUAUAUUUGUGUGUGUCUGUAUGUGCUUUCACUUUUUACCUUGUUUGCUCUCUACCUGUGUUAACAGUACUUUCACCAUUGAAAGGUGAACAUUUUUCCUAGCAUUAAAAAAAAAAAAAGCCA